AUGUUCGCCUCUGUCGCUCGCCAGGCUCGCUCGCGCCUCGUAGCAUCUCGCCCCUUUGCAGUGCGUUCCAUAUCAUACUCCGCACCCAGGCGCGCAGACCCAUGGCCGCUUCCUCAUACUCCCGAGCAUCUCGAGAAAACCCGGACCCCCACGGACGUCCCGCCCCCGAAGCCGCUCGAGCGCACGGGGGAGAGUGUGGAGAAGAUGCGCGCGCGGCUCGUGUACCAGUCGAGGAAGCGGGGGACGCUGGAGAGCGACUUGCUCCUCAGCACGUUCGCGCGUGAUAACUUGUCGACUAUGACGGAGGAUGAGAUGCGCGAGUAUGACAAGCUGCUGGACGAGCCCGACUGGGACAUCUACUAUUGGGCGACCGGCAAGCGGACGCCGCCCGAGCGUUGGCAGGAGUCGCAGCUGCUGAAGAAGCUGGCAGUACACGCGAAGAACGAAGGCAAGGUCGUCCGCAGAAUGCCUUCCCUAUAG